AUGAGUGAAGACAAAGAAGAAAUUCGAUACAUUUUAAAAUUUUAUUACAAAAAAGGAAAGGAUGCGACUCAGGCUGCUAAAAAAAUUUGUAAUGUUUAUGGACAUGAUGCAGUAUCAAUACGUAUGGCACAAAACUGGUUCAAGCGUUUUCAAUCUGGAAAGUUUGAUUUCAAAGAUGCACCUUGCUCUGGUCGACCGAUCACUGGAAAAGUCGAUGAAUUUAUGGAAAUAAUUGAGCAAGAUCGGCACAUUAGCAGUCAUGAUAUCGAUCGAAUUUCCAUUUGCGAAUCAUUGUUAAAACAGAACGACAUCGAACCAUUUUUGAAACAGCUCAUAACGGGCGAUGAAAGAUGGAUUAUGUACGACAAUAAUGUACGAAAAAGAUCGUGGUUAAAGCAAAAUAAAGCUCCGCAAACUUUGGCAAAGUCAAAAUUGACACUAAGAAAAGUGAUGCUGAGUGUAUAG